AUGGCGAGGCUGAUGGAGGAUCACACCUACCCAGCAAUGGUUAGUAUCGCAUCCCAGACAACCCUCGAUGACUAUGGCCAGUCUCACUCCAAGCGCGGGUAUCGGAAGGCACGACCUCGCAUACCCAAAAUCAAAUCAUCUCCAGACACCAAUAGCCCUGCAGAACGACCUCCGAAGCAGGGGCCCUCAAACACUGCCACCCCGACCUCACCAACCUUCGUUCCAGACUACCUACUUCAAUCAUCAGGAUCAUCCAUCCCCUCCUCUGCUCAUGCCGACACAUUUGUGAGUGAAAAGCCAAAGAGCAAGGUCAAGAUAAAACCAUUCCUCCGCAAGUUCACCUCGCAAGAGCAAGUGGGCAUCGACCUAUCACGAUCAGCAGCGGAGAACGAGGGGUUCGGGGUCUAUGAAUCAUCCCAGAGCAUAGUCCCAAGUCGUACAGCGAGUGGCUCUACCAGGGGCUUUCACAAUCGCACCACCAGUGGCACCUCUCAGAUAUCCACCAAUACCGCCUCAAGCAGUCGAUAUGUCCAUCCAAUGCGCCAGACUCCGCGUCCAUACACCCCACCAAUAGCGGGCUCCUACAAAACAUCCCUCGAAAGCGAAGAAUCGCCAUACAUGCACCCUCCCCCAUCAAGACGGAACAUCACUGCACCAGCCCUACACAUCCGAACCGGCAGUAACUUCACAAACUCCUCGCAAACCAAUCUCCCGGGCACACCCUCUUCCCUCCGCUUCGGUGCCGCAAACCCGAACGACAUGAUUUCUCCCACAACCACCACGCAGCGUUCAUCCCUCGAGUCCGCGUUCCGCAAAGGCCGCAGCCGGAGCAACACCGCCCAAACCGACCCCGCCCAGCAAGCAGCUAGCGUGCAGCAUCUCCGCCAAAAAUUUCAAGAGAAAGAAGCGGCGAAAGACCGCAAAUACCAGGAAGCGGAGCAGAAAGCAAUGGAGAAAGAACAGCGUCGACGAGAAAAGAAACAGCGGUCGAGAGCGGGCAGUAAGGCCAACAGCGAAAAGAGCAGUGUUAUUGGCUACGGCUAUGAUCAGAGCAGGGAGCAGUUCCCUGUUCAUUCUGGGACCGGGACGGGGAGUCCGGGCGCUGCUCUUGAGGGCCAGCCACCAACGCUGUAUCCGUCUCCUAGGAGGGCGAGGGAGAAACAGGAGCAGAGCACGGGGAAGAAGGCGAAGAGUCAGUGGGCGUUGUUCUGGAUUAGGAUUCGGACUGCGUUGCUGAAGCUUAGGAGGAAGAUGUCAGGGAAGGGUUCUUCGUGA